AUGGCUGACAGCGACAUUCACGACGAUCACGAGGAGCCUGCCAAUGCGCGACACCACGCAGGACGUCACGAGAUCUUAAAGCCGUUCAUUCCCAGCAACGGUAAUCUAUACAAGCCCGAUGGAUGGCCUCUAGAGACCUUCGCGGAAAGAAGAACCCUUGCCGACCAUGUCGUUCGAGAAUAUAUAACCCUGCGCAAGCUCCGACCAAAGACUCAUUCUAAAAGCCUUCUUGCUUCGCACGGGAAAGCACUCGAUGGAUUGGCGGCAUAUCUAGACGAGAUCAAGAACAUGGAGGCAUCCGAACGAUCCGUGGGAACCAUGACGGAAGAGACGGAUCAAGAGAAGGGGAUGUCGCCGCUGCCCCAUCUUCCUACUGAACCUGAACUACCCUCGCGAUCACCGAGCGUUACCUCAUCAGCAGACGAACUCGAAUCUCCACGGAUCCAGGCUUCCGGUCACAUCGCCAAACCCCCCAGCGCCUCAAACAAGAGUUUCUCCGCCCCUCCAAGUCCUAUUGUGAGGGUCUCAAAUUCCAAUGCCAAGACCGGUCAGGCAGAGUCAGGCAAUGGGUGCGCAGAACAGGCGAAGAAGCGAUUGAGUGGCCGCAGCUUGAAGGAGGCUGCUAAGGGGGCUUUGAAGGGAGGGUUCAUGGAGGACUAG